AUGCUAUCCAAUAUUGUACGCAAGCAUCAAGCUAAACAAGCUGCUGCAAAGGAAGAGCAAGAAAAGUUGAAAAAAGAAGCAAUGGAAUCUUGCGUAGCCUUUGGAAAUGCCUUGGUAGAUAAAAUGAAUACAGGUGUUGCGACAGCAUACCAAAAUCAAAAGAAACUGGAUCAAGAAUUGAAGCAGUUACAAAUUCAUACAGCUGAGUACAGUAAAGUUGCAUCACAAUGGAUGGGACUGGUGGAUGGCUUUAAUCAAUCCUUAAAGGAAAUUGGAGAUGUAGAGAAUUGGGCAAAAACCAUCGAGAAUGAUAUGCAAGUUGUUUGCAAAUCACUAGAAUUUGCGUAUAAAGGUAGCAAUGAACCCAUAGACGUCCCAUCAAGUUCCUAG